CACCCCCAGGAAUGUGCCAGCUUUAAGAGAUCUUUGCAGCUUUGGGAGAUUUUGAGAGCGCUCAGCUCAGAGCUGAUUUAGUUCAUUUUAUGUAUUUAUCUCUUUUUUUCCCUUUUGGCAAGCGACAUGCAGCAGUACGUCAGCCUCCAAAACCUUUCCAUAUGUUUCCAGCUCUUAAUGCUCUCCUGUCAAACCCAGGGGGAGAAUCAACCGUCUCCUAAUUUUAACCAGUACGUGAGGGACCAGGGCGCCAUGACAGACCAGCUGAGCCGAAGGCAGAUCAGGGAGUACCAGCUGUACAGCCGGACCAGUGGCAAGCAUGUCCAGGUGAACGGCAAAAGGAUCACCGCCACAGCAGAGGAUGGCAACAAAUUCGCAAAGCUGAUUGUGGAGACGGACACCUUUGGGAGCCGUGUGCGCAUCAAGGGAGCCGAGAGCGAGAAAUACAUCUGCAUGAGCAAGAGGGGGAAGCUCAUUGGAAAACCCAAUGGCAAGAGCAAAGACUGCAUCUUCACUGAGAUUGUUCUGGAGAACAACUACACAGCCUUCCAGAAUGCCCGCCAUGAGGGCUGGUACAUGGCCUUCACGCGCAAGGGCCGCCCUCGGAAAGCCACCAAGAGCCGCCAGAACCAGCGGGAGGCUCACUUCAUCAAGCGCCUCUACCGCGGCCAGCUGCCCUUCCCCAACAACGCCGAGCGGCAGAAGCAGUUUGAGUUUGUGGGGUCCUCCUCCCCCACGCGCCGGACGAAGCGCACCCGCACCCCGCGGCCCCGCACGUAGGGCCCUGCGCUUUGUCUAGUGCUGCUGACCCCUGCUGUGCGGAGGGCCGGGCCGUCUGCCCUCCCCGCCCACAGACCCAGGCUGCUGCCCCAUGCUGUAUGUAGGGCCGUGCCGUCUGCCUCCCCGCACACAGAUCCACUCUGCUGCCCCAUUCCGUACCUAGGACUGUGUGUCACUUGCACGCCCUGUGCCCACCACUGUCCCAUGCUGCACGUUGCCGUGUGUCCUGCUCUCCAAACACACCCAUUGCCCCAGGCUGUACAUAGGACUGUGCCCCCCCCGCACCCUGCCACUCCCCAUAUUUUAUUUUACAAAGAUGCUCUAUUUUUAUACUUCGAUUCUCUUAGGCACAAAGAAAUAUUAACUCGAGGAGCAAGCGUCAGAUGUGGGGGGGUUAUUUUUUGUAUAUAGAUGUAGCCCCAGGCAGGAUUUCCCUUUGUUCUAGAGCACCCCUGUGCCCACCUCCCCUGUAACGACCCCCAAGAUUCAACACCCAUUGCUUUGCCUCCUCUUCUGUGCAGCGAUCCCUGCUGGGAGGGCAGCAGACAGCAACUGGUUCUGGAGACUUCUUCUGACCCUGUUCUCAGCAUCAAAGGUGCUAACUCCACCGUGGCGGCCAAGUUCCUGUGGGACCAAUCCUGGCAGCUGGUUGGAUUUUUUUAUUCUGCUACACGGGCUAAGCUCAAAACUUCUGACUGGUGCGAUCUUUUAGACUGUAGGACAGUCUCCCCAUGUGGACAAGUGGAAUAAGACUGCCGAAUGGACUGUAGGGAAGAAUCCUGCCUUGGGAUAGGGAUGAACUAACAGGACUUUUUUCUCCAGUGUGCAUGGAUGGAUCUAGCGAACAGACAGCCGGUACGCAGGAGACUGUCUGCAAGAGUCCCAGGGCCAACAAAUCCAAGUGACUUGGAAGCCUGUAGAGCAGCAGAAGGGUUGAGAUCAUCCCGCCUUCCCAGAGGGGAGGUAGAUGUUUGUCUGUCUAUGGUACUUAGCUGGCCCCAUUACUGUAGCCCCUCACAAUCUGUAAUAUAUUUAUCCUUGCAACACUCCUGGAAGGCAGGGCAGUGCUAUUAUCUCCUUUGUACAGAGAGGGAACUGAGACACAGAGAGACUAAGACCUGGUCUAUACUUAAAAUAUAGAUUGACCCAUCUACGUCACUCAGGGGGAUGAAAACAUUUGCACCCCCUGAGCUCUGUAGUUAAGCCGAUCUAGCCCUCAGCAUAGACAUGGCUAAGUCGGUGAAAGAAUUCUUCCCUCAAUCUAGUUGCUGCCGUUUCGGGAGGUGGAUUAUCUAGAUGGAGGGGGAAAAUGCACCCUGUGACUGCUGUAUAGGCAUGCUCACAAUGACUUGCCUAAGGGCACCCAGAAAAGUCCGAGAAAGAUCAGGGAAUUGCGCCUAGGUCUUUAGAGUACUGACUUAGCACACUAACCACUGGGCCAUCUUUCCCCUCCUGGGUGGUUAUUUCCCAGAGGGAAGAAGGUUCUGGGACUGAGGGGUGGGCGUUCCAGCAUGGAAAAGUUGAGCACCACAGUUGCAGAGGCCAGGUCCUAGCACUUGUUUUCAGCUUGUCACAAGCCUCUUUAUUUUAUUUAUUUUAUUGUAGGGUUUUGGCUUCCCUUCUUCCCUCAGUCAGGGGCUUUCCUUUUGCUUCAAGAGACCAAAUUCCCAACCACACUCCCACUUUGGAGGAGAAAUAAAAUGAGGAACCCCCGUUUGACUAGCCAGAGAGUGACCUGGCCUAGUGUCUAUGAUUCCCUAUCAGGUAAAGAGAAACCACUUUUAGGUUUUUAUAAUAGAUUCCCAUAUUUCCUUAAAGAGUCGGCUGCUGUCGGUUUAGGCCUAAACAUUUAGACUUUGGGAUUUUUUUAAAAAAAACCUGAAAUGAAUAAAAAUUAAUGUCUGGGGUGUUUUUUUUUAUUUCAAGCACAGCAUGUUCUGGGGGCUCGUCUGUAUGUUUCUUUUGCGAUGUAAGUGUUGCUCUGCUGUACGGGAGACCCAAAUGCAGCAGCACCAGAAGGCCGGUCGAGCUGCACUUCCCAAGUUGAGCAAAGUACAAAGCGUUAAAUAAACUGCACAAGUGGCAAAAAGCAAAUGAUUUUCCCUCCCCAGUGAUUUCAGGCAGAGUAAUCUUUGGUUCUAUUUCUAAAGGGCUGUCUACACAACGCAAGCUGCG